UUUGUCCUUAUGAAGUUACAGUAUCCAAUCAGGACAAUGAUUAUUGAGGCGGCGUUAUUUAAGUCUGACUUUAUACUGGAAGCUCGAGCAGAGAGGGAGUGAAAAGACCAGACUUUUUACCUUGUCUGAAUGCCAUUGUGUUAAAUGUCUCUGUAUCUGGAUCUGCUAGAUCUUUUAAGACAUUUAUUGGAAUAUUUUGGAGUACCAGCUGAUCUGCUAGUUCCAGUAUGGGCAAAUCAACUCUGUGGCCAGUACCGCAGCAUUAUUCGCAUGAUUGGUACAAAUCUUCCUUUAAGUCCCUGCCCAAGAGUCCGCUUCCAGAAAAUCCCAGAUUUACAUGCACAGCACAGCACAGAGAGCACGCCAGUCUCCCGUCCUUUUGUUCCUUCUUUCGCAGAUGUACUGUGGGUCGCUGAUAGUAAGGAUGAAACCUGCGCCUCGUUAAGAAAUGUAAUUCAUCCUUGUAGAGGUGAACGAAGAACUAAUUGCAUCCCAGUACCUCCUGAACAUAUCUCCAUGCUGUCUCAGUCAAUGAAAAGAAUGGUAGAAAAAAAAGGAAACUCACAAACUACAAACACAUGUGCCUUAAAGAAAAUCACAGCCCUGGAGGAUGAGUUGUCACGGUUACGUGCACAGAUUGCCAUGAUUGUUACAACGCAGGACCAAGGUUCUUUGUCCCAGUCAGGAUUCAUGCAGCCUCCUGGUACCCCUGGGAUGUCUCUUCUUCCAAUGUUAACAUCCACUCCUAGCUCUACGCCUGCUCCACCACCCCCUCCCCCUCCCCCUCCCCCUCCCCCUCCGUCCACUCCUUUGCCACCACCCAGUUGUAUAACAGCUCAAGUCUCGGCUAUUGACUUGGUCAGACAGCGGCGUGCUACAAACACGUCUGGGCAGUGCAACAGGGAUAAUGUUUCUGUUCCUGACUCCCCAGUCCCCAGUAUGUUGGACGUUUUAAAGGAAAUGAACAAGGUUCGGCUGCGAGCAGUGGAGAGAUCGCCGGGAGGCACACCAGUUAUGAAAGAUAAAAAGCGGGUAUCUCUUUCAGACCCUGCAGCACUAAUUGCUGAUGCUUUGAAGCGGAAAUUUGCACAUAGACAUAAGGAAGAUUCUUUUGACAAAGAAAACCGAUCAUUUGAGACUUCACCUUUUGGAAGUCCAGAGACUCAUAGGAUUGAACCUUGUGUGUUGAAGGUAUCUGGGAAGCAUAUUCCUUUAAGAACAGAUAAAAAGCGUACAAGUCCUACAGUGAGAGUUGGGGCAUAUUGUUGAAUGCUGCAUGGAUAUUUUGAUUAUGAGCAGUCGGAACACUGGUGGCUGAAACAAAUAAUGCUUAUGUAUGUUCUUUUUAAAGCUUGUUUGUGCUUCUUGCUCUUUUAAUGUAAAACAUUUUCACAUGCUUUAAAAUGCAUGCAUUUCCUUCAAGUUGGUCUUCUGGUUUUUUCCAAUUCUUUUAUUGUGUGUUUUGGAUUCUGCAAUUUUGUUUACUGUCAUUAUACAUAAGUUAUGUUUGAAAUUCAGUGUUUUCUUUUGUAUUUUAUAUAAGUGGUGUAAUUGUUCAACCACAUAUUUUUAUUUCGAAUACGUCCUCUAUCAAUGUUUCUAUCUCCAUCUUUUAUAAGUAUUUGAAAUUUGUAUUUUUGAUCCGUAGUUGUUGAUGAUAAAUUGGGUAGAAAUCAA